AUGGCUACAACUAGCCCCUCAUGCCUGAUAUACGGAGCUUCGCACGUUUCUCAUGCAUCUCUCUUUAUCUACCAAAAAUCAGGUUUCACACUUUAUUUGUUAGUAUAUGUUGAUGAUAUCAUUACCAAUGGGAGUUCCUCUAUAAAGCCGUCCAACCUUAUUUUCACCCUUGCUGCUCAGUUUUCGCUGAAAGAUCUUGGAUACAUGGCUAACACCAAAUCAACAUCCACUCCCUUGUUCGCUAGUGCUCAAUUACUCAAAAAUUCUGGUGAUCUUCUACCUUUCCCAACUGACUAUCUUGCACUUGUGGGAAAUCUUCAAUCCUUAAGUAUUACUCUCCUGGAAAUAUCCUUCAGCACCAACAAACUUGCGUAG